GGGUGGUCAGAGUUUAACAUGUUCACGCUCUCCCUCCUGAGCCGGGGCCACGGGAAGCUGGGCCAGGACAAACAGAAGUUAGAAGUCUACUUUGAACCAGAGGAUUACUUGAACUGGAAGUCCCCAGAAGACUAUGUUCUUGCCAGCAAACCUCAAGAUGAGGACAAUGCCAACCAGCACUCCUGGAGCCUCUUUCUCCCUAAAACUUUCAGCACUAGAAAGGGUGCCCUGAUCCUCUACUCAGAAGGUUUAGCCAUUCCGGCAUGGACACACAAAGAGAGGGGAAAAGGGCCCUACAGCCCCAAAGGUCACUGGAGGAAGCUGGAUCUUGAACUGUGCACACUUCAAGACCUCAAAGAAGCCAUCCUGGCAUAUGGAAGGCAACAGGGGGAGCAGGACAGAGCCUGGCAACCACACCUCCACUUCCGAAGCCAGCUGGAGAGCCAGGCCCAACGGCAGAUCCAGCCAGGGCAUUCAGCCAAGAGAUACCUCCGAGGCCUCCUGCAGACUUGGCCCCCAGAUGCCAUGUACAGGCUCUGGUGUGCAGGUUACAUCAAGGAUUCUGUGCUGCUCCAGGACAGUCAACUUAAUGUACCAAAGAAGCUCAGGCCACAACAGGAUCUUUCAGGUGUACCCCCAAAAUACCAUCUCCUGCCUGUCUUCCCUUCAUGUUGGAUUCAACAAGGAAAAUCUUUUGAACAAGGUCAACAGGGCCUGGAUGAAGGGGAAGCUGAAGCUGCUGGACACCUGGACCAGGACCCUCUAGCUAAGAACCACGGCCGUCAGGGGACUCGCUUGCUACCACUCAGGAAGCAGCCCUGGCCAGAAGAUGAAACACGGGCAGAAGACACGUCAAUAGAGCAUCACCUUCGUUUACAUGCUUCAAAGGAAAGCUACAAUGAAAAGACACAGCAAACCUUCAGGAAGGCCUUUGGGCAUGGCCACAUGGAUCACCCUUGGCUCCCGAGUGACAAAUCACACAUUACCUUCUGUGGAGGCACCUUCCCCAAUAGGAAGCCAGAUUUCAGUGAUAAACAAAGGAACGUGAAACUCCACAAGGUCAGAAUCGGCCACUUGUUACAGGAGCUUCCUGCUGAAAGAUGCUUCUUCCCUCCUGUAGUAACUGCCACUGGCUCCGGAAUAAACACCCCUGGAGAAGCGAAGAAGAAAAAGGCACCAAAGGCUUUGAAAUUACCUCCUAUCUCAGAAGAAUCACCCAGAGUCUUGGAGCCCCUGAAGAGCCAAUUUAAAACCAAUGAGCCCCCAACAGAGCUCUUCAUCUUCCCAGUGGAGAUUCAUUACCACACCCGACACCCUCUAAAAGAAAAAGCCCACAGAAGAGGUGCUCUACACCCUGAGUCAGAGCCAGAAAUAAGCGAAGAGGCCAGGCCUGUGUGGAAACUGCCCCUGAAGCAUGCAUCCUUAGAAAAGCCAAGGGAGCUAACGGUGCAUCUCCCGGUGGAUACAGGCAGGGACUCACUUUCGCCUCCAGAUGAUGAUGCCCCGCCCCAAAAUGUGACCUCACCACUGGAUCUUCUACCCCCGAUUAAAGGAAAAAAAAGUCCUGCAAGCCAGAAGGGACUGGACAGCCCUAGGACAUCAGGCUACAGCAGCCCCCCAAGUCUACCGAAUGUGAGAGCACCCAGGAAGGCACUGCCAGCAGGUCAAGAUUCCAGCAACCCCACACUGGGACACUUCUUGCUGGGUCCAGAUGGAGAAAAAGUCUGCGCAUCCCUCCCAGGGUCUACCCAGACUGAGGUGUUUCCAUCCGGUAAAGCAGACACUGAAACUAGAGCCGAUCUUCACAUGAAUCUUUAUGAAGCCUCACCGUUGACCCAAACAACAGAGAAGCAGGGAGCCCAGCAGUCCUUGGAGGCAGCAGCUCAGAAGACAGGAGAGCCUCAAAGUUGUAUAAAUAAAGGGCUGAUAUGUUCAAACAGAAAAGAAUUUUACACGUGCAAGCUGCACAUCGACAUGACGCCGUUCCUGAAGGAAAGUGGAGAGGCACUGGACUAUCAGGAAGAAGCAGGAAGAUCCCUUAGAGAAACUCAUCACGACAACCAAGACCCAGAGCCAAGGAGUAUGACCCUUGACUCUCUCAGUGCUUCCCGGACUGAGCACAUCCAGACCCCAGACGCAGAUACUGUGCAAAAGGUGAGCAGAGAUUAUGAUGUACACCACCUCCACAGAGGACUUCCGGGACACAGGCCUGAGUCACCAGAGAGGUUGAGUGCUGUGUAUACAUCUCUUCUUCCAAGAGAAAGAGAAGGGAAGGCUGAACCAAGACUAUUUAGCCAAGAGACAGCCAGCAUCGGUCAUGAGAGGGAUCUGAUUGACAAAGCCAAAAGAAAGAAAAGACUCAAGACAGACAAAACGAAAGCACUCAAGAGAGAGAGAGAAGGAAAGAUCUACAGGGAAGCAGAGGCUGCCGUCGGAAAAUCAAAGGACUCAAAGGCUAAAAAAAAUUUAGAAAAAAACCCAGGAGCCCAAAGGAAAAGGACACUGAAGGAAAGAAAUCUGGAGAAAGCGGCAGAGCAGAGUGGGCCUGAUGUCAUUCACUCUGAGGAAACAGAAGACACCUCAAAUAGAAGUUCCUUCGCUUCAGACUCCUUUGUAGAGGACCCUUGGCUUUCUCCCAAAUAUGAUGCCCAGGAGACCCAAGUUUCUCUAGAUGGAAGAUCAUCACCCUCCCAGAUUGCAACUGUCACUGGCAACAUGGAACCUAAAGGAGAGAGAAGCUGUGAGGACCCUUCCAAAGUCAAGUCUGAUGUCCUCGGCUUGACAGAGGGAGUUCUGUCCUCACUUGGCACAAGUGCAGAGGCCCUCCUCACUAAGAGGGAACAGAAGAAGGCUUCCCAGGACAGACUUCGAACAGAAAGAGCGGAGAUGAGGCGGCUGGAGGUGGAGAGGAAGAGAAGGGAGCAGGAAGAGCAGAGGCAGCUCCAGCAGGAGCAGCUGGAGAGGGCAAAAAAGAUGGAGGAGGAGCUGGAGCUGGAGCAGCAGAGACGCACAGAAGAGAUGCGCUUGAGGAAACAGAGACUCCAAGAAGAACAGCAGCGGCAGGAGGAGGAGGAGAGAAAGCAGCAGCUCCGGUUGAAAGCAGCCCAGGAGAGAGCUCGGCAACAGCAAGAGGAGUUUCGGAGGAAACUACGAGAACUACAGAGAGAAAAGCAGCAGAAGGAAGCUGAGAGGGCCGAGGCAGAGAAGCAAAGGCAAAAGGAAUUGGAAAUGCAGUUAGCAGAGGAACAAAAACGCCUGAUGGAAAUGGCUGAAGAGGAACGAUUGGAGUACCAGCAGCGGAAACAGGAAGCGGAAGAGAAGGCUCAGCUGGAGGCAGAGGAGAGGAGGCAAAAGGAAGAGGAAGCAGCAAGACUGACUCUGGAAGAAGCCACAAAACAAGCCCAGGAACAGGCCAGGCAAAAAGCUGCUUUGGAGAAACAUCUUCAUUUCCAUCAAGAACUCCGUAAGGAAGCCAGUAGCCUGCAGUGGACACACAACAUUUCCAGACCAUGGGUUUACUCUUAUUUCCAGUUCCUACAAAUACCCAGGCCUUAAGGCUAGAAGAAAACUAAAGAGUAAGUUGGGAGGUGGUGACAAAAAGAGAAACUUCCCUUUUUAAUAAAGUUCCAAGGGCCUGGCAUGGUGGCUCAUGCAUGUAACCCCAACAUUUUGGGAGGCUGAGGUGGGAUGCUUGCCUGAGGCCAGGAG